CCUGCCCCAGGAGAGCACAGCGCCGGCCUGUACAGGUCAUCGUUCCCAAUAAGACAGGGGGAAGCUGAGAGGCAAAGAGCACCACCAACAACGCGUGCACUGAAUUGCAUUGCACAUGGGACAUGGCAAACACCGGCGCGUCGCCACCCGCGCAUGCACGCACGGGCGCGGGCGCGGCCACGGGCACAUCCUCUCCUGCGACUCGUGAGCCGUGUCAUUCCAUCGCGGCUUCCUGCUCGAUCCGCUCCCUGCCAUGCCCGUGACCGUGAUCUCCAUAAAUUCCCCCACCCUGUGCGCGAUGCGUCUAUCCCCCACGAUAAUUAGUAGGCCUGCCACCUCUUGCCGCGAGCAAGACGACCACACCACCAACCACCAUCCAUGGCGGUGUCCGUGUCGUGGUCGUGGGCGCCGCGGUUCUUGGCCUGCGUCGCGGUGGCGGUGUUGCUUGUUACGUCGGGUUUGGGCGGUGCGGCCGCCGGCGGCGGCGGGCGACGCCAUGGGCACACGAAGGGGUUGCGGCCGGGGAAGGCGGCGGCGAAGCCGUACUAUCCGGUGAACGCGACGGCGGUGGAGGCGAUCGAGCGGCAGUUCACGCGGUGGGUGCGGUCCAUGGUCGGGCGACGCCACAGCACGUUCCAGCGCGCGCUCUACCGCGGGCUGCUGCCCACGCGCACCCUCGUCGUCGACAAGAACCCCGCCGCCGGCAACUUCACGUCCAUCCAGGCCGCCGUCGACUCGAUCCCGCUCAUCAACCUCGCCCGCGUCGUCAUCAAGGUCAAUGCCGGCACAUACACUGAGAAGGUGACCAUCUCGCCGCUCCGCGCGUUCGUGACCAUCGAGGGCGCCGGCGCGGACAAGACGGUGGUGCAGUGGGGCGACACGGCCGACACGGUCGGCCCGCUCGGGCGCCCCUUCGGCACCUUCGCCUCCGCCACGUUCGCCGUCAACGCGCAGUUCUUCGUCGCCAAGAACAUCACCUUCAAGGUGAGCACCACUACUACACUACAAAUGCGGCAUCAUUUGUGCCGUGGCGUGGCUCAUUCGUUUCGUCUGUCGCGUGGGCAGAACACGGCGCCGGUGCCGAGGCCGGGGGCGCUGGGGAAGCAGGGUGUGGCGCUGCGGAUAUCGGCGGACAACGCGGCGUUCUUGGGGUGCAACUUCCUCGGCGCGCAGGACACGCUGUACGACCACCUCGGCCGCCAUUACUACAGAGACUGCUACAUCGAGGGCUCCGUCGACUUCAUAUUCGGCAACGCCCUCUCUCUCUACGAGGGAUGUCACGUGCACGCGAUCGCGCGGAACUACGGAGCCCUGACGGCUCAGAACCGGAUGAGCAUCCUGGAGGACACGGGUUUCUCGUUCGUCAACUGCCGCGUGACGGGCUCCGGCGCCCUCUACCUCGGCCGCGCCUGGGGCACCUUCUCCCGCGUCGUCUUCGCCUACACCUACAUGGACAACAUCAUCAUCCCCCGCGGCUGGUACAACUGGGGCGAUCCCACCCGCGAGAUGACGGUGUUCUACGGGCAGUACAAGUGCACGGGGCCGGGUUCGAACUACGCCGGGAGGGUGGCGUGGUCGAGGGAGCUCACGGACCAGGAGGCCAAGCCGUUCAUCUCCCUCAGCUUCAUCGACGGGUUGGAGUGGGUCAAGUUGUAGCACCACGUAGGAGAGAAACACAGCUCACUCGACUAUUAGUUAACUUGUGAAGAGAAAAGAAUAGAACAGAAGAAGUGGCAGAUAAACACUCUGAUUUGAUUCGAUUGCAGAUUUCAACUUUGCAGUUGCAUUGUGAGACAGUCCUAUACUGUGUCCGGCCUUCGCCUCGGUUUUGUUUUGGACUGCAAACAGUAUAACAUCAACUUAGGCCCACUGGCCCAGGCAGUAGAGAGGUAGCAAUCGAUGCGAUCUCCCUGCUCAGCCUAGAAGCCCAUAGAGAAUUGAAGUGGGGAAAUAGGCCCAGAAAAAGGUUAGAGUAGUGUAGCAGAAGUGAGCCCAACAAUCACAGGUGUGUUGCUUCCAUGUUCCAACACGUAUAGCCUUUUCGAA